AUGCUCUAUCCCGCCAUCGACACCCCGCAUCGUUCGCCUCGCCGCAUGCAACAGCUCAGAAUUGCUUCCAUGGCUGAAGUUUGUUCGGAAACUGGGUGGGGAAUGAGGGGGAUGAUUGAAGAAAAUGAGGGGGAUGAAAUUAACUGUCUCAAGGGCUUCAUACAAGUAAAGCCGCAAUGCCGAUCGCCGAAUCGAGGAGCGAAGAAUAGGGAGCGGAGCAAGAGCAAGAGCAAGAGCAAGAGCAAGAGCAAGAGCAAGAGCAAGAGCAAGAGCAAGAGCAAGAGCAAGAGCAAGAGCAAGAGCAAGAGCAAGCGCAAGCGUCGAGACCAUGACCGUGGGUCGCCGAAGCUAGAUCGCCAAGAAGGUCGUGGGGAAGAGAUGGGAUCAAGUGAUGAGAUGGAGGAGAUGGAGGAGGUUGAAGACAUGGAGAGCAUGGAGCUUGAGGCAGUGAAAACCGAGGGCAGGGUGACCGAAGAAGGAGAGGAAGACGACGACGACGAAUGGCAGACCCUUGCUGAUCUGGAGAGGCGCAUCGACGGCAAGGUCGAGGGUCAAGGAGCCCGCUUCCUACCGAAGAGUGCAGAGGACGAGCAGGAUGACGAGGAGUGGGACCAAGUGCUGGACAGGAACGUGGGCGAGGAGGAGGGGCAGGAGGAAACCAUUUCCCUCCUGUCUGAGAGCGACAAGUCGUCGACCAUCGUUCGCAAACCGAACAACCUCUGCGAUGCCGAACGGCUGAAGAGGAAAGGAGCAGUAGGAGUUCCGCUGGAUGAUCUGAAGCUUCCCGCCGAGAACACGCUGUGGACGGUCUCUCACCUGAAGACGUUGGUGGGGUGGCACAACUCAACCUUCAAGAUGAACCCGCCAGGAGAGGAGGUGGUGUUAGAGGAGGAGGAGGAGCGUGCGGAGAGUAUCAAGAGCCUGUCGCGGGCGAUGGGGAAGAAGAAAGGAAGCAUGCUGCAGAAGACCCUGGCGCUACUUGCUAUUGUUCGCGGGCUGGAGCUGCAGGCGAGGUUGGUCGCUCCUCUUGUUUGCGAGACUUUCCGCCUCAAGUCUGUCCAUGCCAUGAACUGGUGGCCUGCGCAGGCGAACCAGAGAGGAGAGGAGCGAGCUGGAGCCGUUGAGAAGAGGAAAGCGAACAAGGAGAUGGAGGAGACGCGGGCAGGAGCGACCAGGGGAGGGAGUCAGAAGACGCCAGCCAGGUCGACAGAGGGAGCAGCCAACAAGAUGCCGAAGGGAGCACGAGGGAAACAAGAGAGGAGGGAGAGUCCGGGAGCAGCUCAGCCUGGAAAGAAGAUUGCAAAGAAGGUCGCAAGGCGAGAGUCGGGUGAAGUGAAGUACCCUGAAGCUGAGGAUGGGACGCUGCUAGCAGAGGCACAGAGAAUGGUUGCAGAGGCAGCAAGAAAUCCAGAGGAGCAGCCGACAGGACAGAAAGAGUCAAAGACGCCAUGGAAGAUGAUGAGGUGGAGGAAGAAGGAGGAGACGGCAGGCGAGGAGGAGGAGGAUAUAGUUAUGUCCGAGUACUGGAUUGAGGUCUUGCUGUUGAAGAAUGAGGAAGGGACAAUGAAAUGGCAGUGGACGCACGUUGACGUGAUUAAUGCGAGGGUCGAUGACCCUCUCAUGUACAGUAAGGCUGGGCAAUCCUAUUCCUACGUCGUUGGGAUGUAUGAUAGAGCCGUGGACGACGUGACGAGAAGAUAUGUUGAGGAUUGGCACGCUGUCACUCAAACCCGAAGUCUCUCAGACUGGUGGGACACGACGUUGAAGAAGUUGACAGUUAUGGUGAAGGGUCAUGAGUACCUUGCGGAGAGGGAAAACCAGCAGGUGAAGGACGAGGCAAAGGAGAUGCACGAGGCUCAUCUGCAGGAGCCGCUGCCGCGCAGCCUCGUCGCCUACAAGAAUCAUCCUGCCUACUGCAUUGAGAAGCACCUCGGAAAGUACGAAUGCAUCUAUCCUCGAAAGCCCGUAGUUGGUCUUGUACAGGGUCAUGCAGUGUACAGACGAGAUUGUAUACAAAAGCUCAUGAGGAAAGAAAACUGGUUCCGGAGCAUACCUCCAAGAGUUGUAAGGGCGAUGGAGAUGGACUUUCCUGCCAAGACCAUCCAGCGAGCUGAGAGGAAGAAGAGGGCCUCCAAGGGCAGCAAGAAGGCAGCGGAGGAGAGCGGAUCGGAGGAGAAGCUGGAAGGGGAGGAGGGGGAGGAGGGAGGAGCCGAGGAGAAGAAAACUAUCGCUCUGUACGGGCAGUGGCAGGGCUCCGUCCACAUCAACUCGCCAGGAAUCGUCCAGCUCGUCCGUCAGCUGGGAAUCGAUCACGCAAAAGCUCUCGUGGGCUUCGAGACGCGAGCUGGGACUUCAUAUCCUGUCUUCGAUGGAGUGAUCGUCUGCAAAGAGCAUGAGGAACUUCUGAUCAGCGCGGCGGAGCAGCAGCAGGUACAACAAAGAUUCGACAAACAGUACGCCAGGAAGCGAGACGAGGACAACGACGACAAGUCUCGACCCCUCAAGCGUCCGAAGCAGAAAGCCAAAGGGAAGAGGAAUACAGAAACUAUCGACUGA